GGGGGGGCUGAAUGCUCCCCUGUUCCCAUCUGCCAUAGAAUGCUGUGCUAUGUGUCCCAGCAGGGAUCGGGGACCUCUCCAGUGGCAUUGAUGGCUGAGCCUUGCCUUUGCUGGUGCCAAACUGGUGUCACAAUAAACACAGCCUGAAUUUGCCCACGUGCUUUCAAAGAGUAUUCCAAAAAAUAGUUCUAGGAGGUUUUCUGUGGAUGAGUGGAGGGAUGAAAGGGAGGCUUGCUGUGGUGGGCAAGGGGUGAUGUCUCCUGGAGCUGCCCCUAUUGCAUCUCACCAGGCAUCCCAUGGAGGAGGCAGAGAUGCAGUGUCACCCAUUGAGCCAGGAGCCUCCAAAGCACAGGUCAGGAAGGUGACAUGUGGCCCCAUGUCCAGGCUGUGUGUAGGUCAGUAACAGUGAUGUGCUCAGCUCAGGCUCCAGAGGGGCGAGUCGUCCCUGUGCCAAAGCCAGGGAGAGAAGGGUGACUUUUUUUGACAUCCUUUGGAGUUUUGAUCUCCAUAUUUGGAAAUGUUUACCCAUUGCUCUGAUCUAUUGCAAGGGAGGGGAGGUGACUCAGGGUCUGGUGGAGGCAGUAUUUGAAUUCCUGUAGUAAGGUUCCCCCCACCCCCCCCACCCCUCCCGCCCUUUCUUGUUUUGGAAGCUUGUUGUGGUCAGUUCUCAGUUCUCUCUUGCUCCUGGACUUUGCUCCAAAUUUGAUCUGCUCAGGAGGGAAGCGUGUUAGCGAAGGAGCUUGCCUGGAUGCUGAGUCCUUUAUUACUGGGUGUGCCUGAAUGCAUCAGCCUUUGGAUGUGAGCGUCUUCUCUUGAAACAGCCUUGCGAUAUCCUAGCUGCCUGUUCUCUCAGGAGGUCCCUUGGAAAAGCUUGUCAUACAUCCGCCUGGGUGCCUCACGGGGCCGACUUGCUUCCAGGCUUGUUUAACGGUGCUUCUCCAGGAGCUUGGAUUCUGGUGGCCUGCCCUACCCGUGGUGAGGACCCGAGCUAGUGCUGAACACAGAGCUGAACACCCAACACUGAAUUACUGUCUGAUCUGAACCAUGUCCCACCCAUCCUGGCUGCCACCCAAGAGUACCAACGAGCCUGUUGGUCAUGUUACUGCAAGGAUGGAGACCACACACACCUUUGGGACUCCCAGCAUCUCGGUGUCUACCCAGCAGACACCAAAGAAGUUUGCGCCUGUUGUUGCCCCCAAGCCGAAGUACAACCCAUACAAGCAACCAGGAGGUGAUGGGGACUUCCUUCCUCCACCCCCACCUCCUGUGGAUGACCUCGGGAAUGUCACAUCAUCACAAGGUGCCUUCCCUCCCCCACCCCCUCUGGAUGACGUUACUUUCAAUGUGCAGGUGAAUCCUGGUGGCAAGACACUUGAGGAGAGGCGGUCCAGUUUAGAUGCAGAAAUUGACUCUCUGACGAGCAUCCUGGCUGACCUAGAGAGCAGCUCUCCUUACAAACCUCGAGCUCAACAGGGCUCCGGGACCUCGAGCAGCUCCGCUGCCGCCCCCCCAUCUGUGUCCACCCCUGUCACUGGCCACAAGCGGAUGAUCAUCCCCAACCAGCCUCCCCUCACGGCUACCAAGAAGUCCACUGCCAAGGGCCUGGGGCAGCCAGCGCCCAUCCCAGUCACUCCUGUUGGCACCCUGAAACCACAACCAGUGCCGGCCUCCUAUGCCACAGCCUCUACCCCCAGCCGCCCAGCCUUCAAUGUCCAGGUGAGGACAGCACAGCCCAGCCCGCACUACCAGCCGCCCGGCCCGCAGCCCGUGCACUAUGGCAGCCUGGGGCCCAGCCAGUCCUAUGCUCCCCCGCCAACCCGCCUGCCCAGCAGCCCGCAGUAUGGCACUCCGCAGCCCCACGGGCCCGACUAUGGCUAUACCCCACCGCCUGCCCGGUCCUCGGAGCCUGCCUAUGGCUAUGCACCUCUGCAGGGUCGCUACCAGGACCCCUACUAUGGGGGGUACGGGGGGAGGAACGGCUCCGAAGCGCCCUAUGUGCCACAGAGCUCCUGGAAGGCUGAGCCAGCGUAUCCUGCUAGUAACACCGCGGGCCAGGCUCCUCCUGGGCUCUACCAGCCACCCGGCACGAAGAAGACCUACAUCACUGACCCCGUGCUGGCCCCACAGCCGCCUGCGCUGCAGCAAAAGAGUGGGUACCCAAGUUCUGGACCCGCAUCAAGCACUCCUGCCUUCAGGCCUGAAGAUGAGCUGGAACAUCUGACCAAGAAAAUGCUGUAUGACAUGGAGAAUCCUCCCUCUGAUGACUACUUUGGCCGCUGUGCUCGCUGUGGGGAGAAUGUUGUUGGGGAAGGGACUGGCUGCACAGCCAUGGACCAGGUCUUCCACGUGGAGUGCUUCACCUGCAUGAUGUGCAACAACAAGCUGAGGGGUCAGCCUUUCUAUGCAGUGGAGAAGAAAGCCUACUGUGAACCCUGCUAUAUUAACACGCUGGAGCAAUGCAGCGUCUGCGCAAAGCCCAUCAUGGAAAGGAUCCUCCGAGCUACUGGGAAGGCCUACCAUCCCCACUGCUUCACCUGCGUGAUGUGCCAUCGCAGCCUGGAUGGGAUUCCCUUCACUGUGGAUGCUGGUGGGAACAUCCACUGCAUCGAGGAUUUCCACAAGAAAUUUGCACCGAGAUGUUCAGUGUGUAAGGAGCCCAUCAUGCCAGCCCCAGGACAAGAGGAGACUGUACGCAUUGUUGCCUUAGAUCGUGACUUCCAUGUCCAGUGCUACCGAUGUGAGGACUGUGGUGGCCUUCUGUCUGAAGGAGACAAUCAGGGCUGUUAUCCUCUGGACGGGCACAUCCUUUGCAAGACCUGCAACUCUGCUCGGAUCCAGGCUCUGACGGCCAAGGCCAGCACUGAUCUCUGAGUAUCGACUGUGACCCUCCCCCAGGAUGCCUGUUAGGGGAUAUUGCACAAGCUUUGCAUGAUUUCUUUCCAGCCUAGGGUCUGAAUCUCUGUUUAACAAAAAAAAAAAAAAAAAGAAAAAAAAUUAAGAAAAAAAAGGUAAAAUUGGAAGGCCUUGGAACAAGAGGGCAGUUUAUGAGGCCAUGUUCAGACUGCCCAUGACAGGCACCUAACUUAGACAUGACUUUUCAGGAUUGAGUCAGAGCACCUGCUGUCUCUGCAGCUGAUGGAGAUAAGUGGUCACAACACCUAAGUUAUCUGCCUGUAGGAGGCCUGAACAUGGUCCUAACUCUAUUUCUGUGUUUGAUUCCUGGCUCUUAAGUGCAUGAAGAUAGAAGGUGAAAGAUGGCUGAGCUAGUUCUUCCAAGUUAUUUGGGAACCUGACCAGCUGUCAUGGAAGUCACGGGUUAACUUUAAUGGGAUCUGGAUCACCAGUGGAAGUAGCUCCACUGCCUUAGAGGGUGUGAGAGCAGACCUGGCACUCCUCUCAUCACAACACAAACAAUGUUAACUUCAACUGUCCUGCACCCAAGAGUGCAGGUGUGACCUGUAUCCUGACACAGAUUUGUUACCCGUAUCUUUUUUCUUAGGCCCUUACUUGUCUUCCAUUCCCUUCCAGUUCGAUAGGAUUUUUUCUUUUUCUUAUGAAAUUAUAUUUUACUAUUGCAUAAAUUUAUUCAUUAGUGAUGCUUCCAAUUCACAGCGUAUGAGGAAUCACAGAAAGAAGCGAGCUUGCACACACUACACACCACACACUACACACCACACACACACGCCACACACACACACCCCAUGUGCUUUUAAUUUACCUGAGAUGGAAGCCAAUCAUGUCUGUUGAGAAGGUGUUUUAAGGAUGUGGGGCUGGAAACACAUUUUUAAAAUCCCAGUGGUUUAAAAAAAAAAAAAAACACCACCAAAACACACAAAAAGACUACAUAAAACUGCAAUGCAAAGCGUUGCUCAAAAAAAUCUUAUGCCACUCUCACACCCCAUUCUAGUGGGAUCACUGGCGGUGUUGGUUUCUAGGUAGACAUUUAAGCAAAAGAGUCUUGUUCCAUCUCCUGUUUAUUGCAAUGGGAGGAUUUUCGUUCAACUGUAUCAGGGAUUGAAUGGGGCCUUGGGAUAUACACUCUGAUGUUAACACAGAUGAUCCAGAGCUCUUAUAAAAAAAAAGUAAGAAUCUUAUUUCAACAACAGCAAAAAGAUUCUCCUAAAAUACAUGCUGUUGUUCAGUUUUUAUCUUAUGAAGGCUAAAGAAGGUAUUAAACCCUUCUCUAUGCCAUAAAAAAGUAAGCUUUUUUUAAUUCUCUUUAAUUUUCAUCCCAGCCACUUAUAACUUCUCUCUGGUGAAAUGUCAUUGCAUUAGAGUGCUGGGCCAGCAGCAGCAUUUUCAUCUUCAGUCCAGAAUUAAUACAUAAGUCAAAGUAAAGCUGGACACAUAUAAUCUUUUUUCUCAUGUUGGUGGUGGUUUUUGGGUGGUGGUUUUUUGGUUUGGUUUUUGGGGAUUUUUUUUAGUUUCUUCAAUUAAAAUAAAAAAUUAGAAAUCCACAGCACUCUGAGCAGCUAUAAUAUUCUUGUUCAUGAAACCCAUAAUAACUAAGGUGCUAAUUACAUAGUGAGGGAGUAAUUUUCAUAUCACUGAAUUGACAUUAAUAUCUUAUUUGCAGAUGUAAUCAAAGAAAAUACCUUUCUUUGCACUUAACAAAUUAAGAAGCAGAACUGAAACAGUUGCAGGCUGAUUGACCAUAUAGGUGACAAACUGGCACUUUUCAAGAGUAAGUUAUAAGAAGUUUUUUCAUGCAUCCACUGAAAAACAAUAAGAACCUGGUGCUUUUAUCUUUAUUCUCUAUAAUAGAAGCCUUAUGUAACUGUACCCACUAAUGCUGAAAAGUUAGAUGAGCCAGACCAUUUGAAAACAAAGGGAAAAAUUCAGGUACUGACUGCAGCUCCUGCAAAUAGUGCAUUUCCUUUCAGUUUAGUACUAACCUUUAUGGAAGAGCACUGUGAAAUUUAAUAGCUUUAGCUGUAUACAGUAAAUUCAAAUACAGAAAUACCAGUCUGAAACUUCUGCUCCUUACAUUGUUUAUAUGUUGGCAAACUCCACCAGUAUCAGGGAAGUUUCCCAAAAUUCAUAGCUCAGAAUGAAUCCUUCUUUGUAGAAGGGUGGCGUCAUUAAGAAAAGACAUCGUUCUCCAACACAGUGGCUGUGCUGAAGCAGUUUGCCUUUUUAUACUAGAUUUCUACUGGCCUUCAACAAUUUUACUGCCUCAGACAAAACCAAAUUUUUUUACACCAUGACUCCUGCCAGGUUCCAUCUGGACUCCUGCUCCCUGAACCAUGGCACGUAAGAGCUCACUUCUUUCUUUACAUGCAGUCUGCACCACCACCCAUCAAAAAAACUUCACAACUAUUGAGUAAACCCAGUGUUAACUAACCAUACAAAACCAUGGGAGGUCAGAGAUGGGAUUGCUAACACCAUUAUAUAUCCUUGUGGAGGAUUUUAUAUCUCUGCAAGCACAGGGGAUGACGUGAUGCUCUUGGGUGCAGAAUAAGCCAUUCAUCAGGCAGCAAAUGUAGAUCUGAUCUUCCUUACUCUUGUUAGUGUUAAAUCAAGUGGCUGAUGAGACUGUCCUGAAUAACACUGGGGUAGUUGAUGGAAACAAGCUAUUGUGCUUUCCUGCAGAAUGUGGUUGAGGCUAAGGAGGACCAAAGUCCAGAGCCUCUGGGCUUUUUAUGGCCCUGCCUUAGGCUGGACUUGAAGCAAGUCAUACGGCCUCUCGUCUUCUGCCCUCCACACAAGAGGGCUUCUUUCCAGCUUCCCAGGGAUGUUAUGGGAAUUAAACUAAUCACAGAUUGGCCCAAACUACUGAUUUUUUUGAGUUCUGUCUUCUCUUUCCAGAAAAGUUUGCUGGUAUGUAGGUUUGGGAUUCCAGCCCAUUUCAAAGCUAAGGGCUAGCCAGGAGAUCUAGAUCUGAAUUCUCUGUGUUAUUAGGGUGAGUUAGGCUGGCAUGCAGGGAGGUGAGAGCCAGACUUUUCAAGCGUUAAAUACUUCGUGGAUGGAAGAUGCUUGACAAAGAUUGAGCAGUGUUGAUAUUUGAGGUACUGCGGCUAAUUUCUAGACCUGACAGAUCUGGGCAAAGGUAUAAUUGUGCUUUUGUUUUCACCCCUGAAACACCAAAGCCAUCUGCCUGUUGGAAGGAGGGAGUGUCCAAAACACUCUUCUUUAUUUUCUGUAGUGCAUGUGGUUUUGGCUUCUAAAAUUGCUAUAAAUAUAUUUGGAAGAUAUUGCAUAAACAUAUAUACAUCACAGAGGCUCUCAUCACCCACAUGUGUAUGGAAAUCUCCCCUAUGAUGCUUCAGGAUUUAAUUAGGAAAUGUUGGUGGACUUAUCUCAAUUGCACUGCAAUUAAGAACCACUGGGAUAUUGCUUCAUCACAAUAUUUAUCACAUAUUUAUAAUAUAUCCUGUUUUAUCUUUUCCAAAGAAGGAGUCUUUGCCAAAGAGACCUUACUUUACUUAAGGCGAACUUCUUAGCCAUGAUAAAAAUUCUCAUCAUCUGUGGCUGUGGUAAUGUCCAAAGUGUUCCUUUCAGAAAGAUUUGGAAGAUCACACAGACAUUUCUGUUCAAGCCUGCAGUUUUUGCUUAUGCUGCUUUGGUUUUGUCUAGCAUUUGUUGGCAAGUAGAGCCUGAUCCCAUGAUUUGUGUGGCCAGACAGGGCCCAGGAGUGCCCAGGAUCAGGUUCUAAUUUAGCAAAAUAUUUAAGUCCCUGGGGUUUGUUUAAGCACAGGCUUAAAGCCCUUGCAUGGUGUGACAUAAGCCAUGGGUCUACAGUCAUUAAUACCAGACUGAUUCUAUAUCACCCAGUCAGAAGGAUUUGAUCUGGGUAGGAUGUGGGCACAGUCAAAUUUCUGUCAAAUUACCCAGAACACAUGAAAUGGCUCCUGUGUCACUCUUAUGCCAACUACAGGAGGGCACAUGGUGGCUGAUUCAGCGUAACAUUUGGACAACAGGAGGAUGAGUUAUUACAAGAUCAGUGCUUUGUGUUCGGUGGCUGUGGCACUUUCCAUAUGUCACAAGUAGCCUUACAGCCAGAUUUACUGCAUCUUUGAACCGCGGCUUUAAAACUGUCUACUUAAACUUUCUCCAGAAGAUUGGGUUGCCUUGGUUACAGCCCAAUCCUUAAGCAUAUCCCCAAGGCUGAUACUAGUAUUUUGUGAAUGUGAUGGUUUUAUUGUCACUUAUUUUAAUCAUAACCUGAACGUUGCUUUUAAAAACAGAAAGCCACACUCAUUUGCCUUAGUCUAUCAGAUAAUGCACCUUUAAUUUUGUUUUGUUUUGGUUUUUUUUAAUAUUUUAAUUCUUAGAUUUUUAUCACAGCUGCGAAACACUUGGGUAAUGACUUAAUCAUAGAGGUGUGGGAAUACUGAAGUGUUUAUCGUAGUGAACUCUACAUAAUAGCAUUCAUCCUGACGGCAGGAGUGAGACUUUCAUGAGACACAGGCCUUAAGUUGAUUUUCUGCCUAUCAGUAAAAUGUGCCUGGUAAGAAUGAGAAAAAAAGUGUCUUUUAGAGAAAUGGUGAUUGUUGAAAAGAGUAUGCAACAAGUCAUACUGAAAGCUCUUUGGACCUGUUACGGUUGCUGCCUGGCCAUGGUCAGCCAAGCCUACUAUAGGUUUGAUAAAUGCUAUUUCCUUUUGAUUUCGAGAAAGUCCAGCAAACAAGCGAUAACAGGACCCAAGAGAAGGUCCUUGAGAGAAAUCCUAUGUCUUUGCUUUCCUUCAGCAUCAGGGAUAAAUGCUAGACACCUGGUGCUUCAGCUGAAUAGCUCAGAAAGGAUUUGAGUUUAUAACUGUUUCCUUUUGAUAUCUAGUUCCUGCAGCUGGUUCAUCAUGUUGAUUUGCUAUUUGUUCACUGAGUUGGGUUGACUACACCUUGUAUAAACUUCAAUACUGUAAGUCAGGGCUGUCAGAGAGAGAUGUGCUGAAAAGUCUCACUGUGCUGAAAUUCCCAUGAGAAAACACUAGUGAUGGUAAUUGAGGGCUUGUUGUCAAAGGAUAGCAGGAAUACUUAGUACUAUCUAGAGGUUAAUAAAGUACAAACUAAGAGUGAGCUGUGAGAGCACUAUUUCCAGUAAGAGCUGGUUACAGUUUUUACACUAAAUUGUGUGAUGUCAGAAGGGCCAUUUUUUAAAUGAGAAAUUCUCUCAUUUUGCGAUGUUAUUCACAACAGGUUUUUGUUUGGUUUGGGGGAAAGAGGGAGUUGUUAUUAUGAUUAAAACCAUAUCGAAUUUUUACCUAAAUACAUUUCAGAAUUGUUAACAAAUAUUUUAAUUUCUCAAAAACCCAUGUCUUCUUUCUCAAUUUUAUUUUGCAGCUCUUGGGUUUCUUCUGCUGGUAAAUUAAAGUUCUUGUGACAAUUUUGAAAAAUUCUUUGGAUAAAAAUUCUGUUUAGAAACAACCACAUGUAUUCUUGGAAAUUGGUUCAAUAUUGGACCUGGCGAAAUAAAAAAAACCCGAAACACAACAACCUUGAAACUUUUAACAAAAUAUUUUUUCCCUAUUUUUAAUGAGUUUUGCUAAUUUUGAAGGCAGUGUUUUCUUUGUUAGAACAAUCCAAAUAAUGUGACUUUUCUGAAAAUAGCAACGUUAUUUCUAUUGGGUUCAGUUUUCUUUCCCAUCUUAAAGCCAUGGACUGGCUUACUAUGGGGAGUGCCAGGGUCUUUUUCUGCAGCAAUUGCAAUUUCUUCUUUGGGUUUCUCCCCCCUAAAAUUACUGAAGAACAUAAGCACAUUAUGGCAACUGCCGUGAAGAUCAAGAGAUACUGAUUGACCUUCAUCUCCACAUACCCUUCUGGACGUGGGAAUGGCAUUUCUACUUUCACAUUUCUAGAAAUACUACCUGGCUUCCUCAGCAUUUCACGUUUGAAUUUGCAACAGUCAAUUGCCCAGCUGGCAUUUGAGCAAUGAGAGUGUAGACUUGUGAAAUUAUAACAUUCACCCAGCAUCUAAAAAUCUAAGAGAAAACCCAUAACAUCGGUGGGUUUCCUGGUGGAUAUUGUGGAACAGCGCUCAUUUCAGCCUGAAAUUCUCUGAUCUGAAAAAAAUAAGCCCAAACACUUGCAGACCACUCUGGCACAUACACUCACAUGCACAAGGUGGUUGUGAGGCUACAACUGAGUGGAAAUACAGGCUGUGAUAUUGAGCACUGCUAUGUAUACCCCACUGGGCUUCAUUCCUGCUCCCUUUGUUUUCAUGAUACAUGUGGAAGUAAUGGGGUUGAUCACUGCUGUCAAGAGUAUUCAGUUCACACAUUUUUUUAAUUUUGCUGUUUGUCCACAUUUCUUAUCACACCGAGAUCUUUUAGAAAAUGAGGAAGGAAACAGAAGCCCCAAGUGGUGGCAUUACCUUUGAUUUUCCAGGGGUUAGAGUCCCCCAUAGGGAACAUGGCACUUGGGGUGUCUUGACUAUUUUGUCUCUGUCUCCUUUUGUCCGUAACCAGGUCUCGUACCCGCUUUUUCCAUUUGCUCAACAUACAGUCAGUCAUCUUUGCACUGAAGAUGGUAUGUUCCUUACUAACAGAGGUAUUGUGAGUCUUAGCCAGUAGUUGGAAAAACUUUUCCAGAUCUUUAAUCAAGUAGUUUUGUGCAUCCAUAGUAUCAGUGGCCUGCCACAUGGAUAUCAAAGAAAAUUAUUAUAAUUAUUGCUUUUAAAACGAUUAUGAAAUUGUGCCUUACUUUUUCAGUCAUAUUUAACCAUGUAAUUUAGAACCACAUGAUUGCAGGGAUUUAUCAUGAAGAAAUUUGUUUGAAGGAUAGUUUUUUUGUAUUUAAAUAUUUUUUUCUCCAAAACCGAAUUUAUUGGUUUUACCUCUUUUAUUUUUUCCUCCAGUUUUAUUCCUUUAAUAUGUUUGUGUAAAAGGGCAGCCAGAAUUUGCAUUCGUGAGAGACAGAAGAUUUUAUUUGGUCUUGUAUGUGGAGCUUUCAUUUUCUUUUAUGUUCCUUCAGGAAAAUUCCUCUCUGCCCAAUUGCUCAUACUUAGAUGUCUUUAAAUGCAGGCUCACCAGUAAGAGUUUUUUGUUGUUUAAUUUAGCGUGUUGUUUGCUUUAGUGGUUGUUGUUUUGUUGGUUUUUUUAAUUAACCAGAUAUUGGGUAUUGGGGCAGCGUUUCACAUUAAUGCAGAAUGUUAAUGCUAAUUUUCAUAGAAAAGACAAAAUUAGAGUCUUUCCCUGUCUCCAGUGCAGUUUUGUUACUGUUCUGUGUACAACACUAAUAUUAAGCCAGACUGAAAAGGCAAAAUACUCAGAGUGACCUACUUCCAUUCACCAGCAAGAAUCCUUUGUCAGCUGACUCCUGUUUGUUUGUUCGUUUUUAAAUGUCGGAUUAGAGAACAAGCAUCUCCUAAAGAUGAAAGAAAGCAGUGUUUUCAUGUGCAGGAAAUUUGGGGUUACAGUAACAGAAUAUUUUCUUUGUGAAUUUGGAUGUCAUGGUGUUUUAAGCUCCUGCCUGGAGCCUAAAUCAAUUUGGCCUCUCAUCCAGUUCAUCUCACUGGUGCUCCUAAAAGGCUGCAGCCCUGCAAAAGCUCAUGCAGCAUUUUUGGCUGCUUUCCCUUGCUCCCAUUUGGUACAUAUUUGCACAAUUUAACUGAGCUUUUAUUUCUGCUGAAGGUCAGAUGCAAGCGAUACGAAACACUAAACUUUAUAAACAAGCAAAGCCAGUUCAACCACAGCAUUUUGGACUAGAAUGGAUUUUUAGGUGGCGCACUGUCUGCUGGCCUUUGGAGAGGGGAUCCUGAGACUACAUUGGGCUGGAAUAGGAUGCAAAGCCACAAGCCUUGGGUUUUUUUAAUAAACUACUUACUGUAAUCCAGCUACACAGUUUCAGCCUCACACUUCAGAAGCUUCCAGCAGCAAUGCAUGUACAGGCACUUUCUCUCUUACAGAAAGUGAAACUUUCCCAACCAAGUAAAUUUAACCUAUUGCAUAAGAUGCUGGAAGUUGGGUUUUUUUUUCCUUGGGAUUCUCACUGUAACCUCUAUGUGUACAGGAUGAAUAGGUUUUCUUCCCUCCCCCCCUCUCCUCUUUUUUUUUUUUUUUGGACAAGAUUAGAUGUUGCAUAUUGAUGAGCUAGCAUUUCAAAGGUCCGUGGGGCUUUGGAACAUAUUAAGAAUCUCUGAAGUUUAAUAUUCACCAUGUUUUAAAUAUUCAGAAGGAAAAAUCUGCAUAAAAUGGCUUUUGAUAAAUACGUUCUAAGGAUUCUUUCUUUCUAUCUUACGCAACCGUUGUGGGGAUUGUGGCUGUGCCAGUUUUGUUCCAAAGUGUCCUUUGUUUCUGCAUUUCAGGACCAUUUUGAUCCCAUUUGUAUGCCCAGUGCUUGUCCUGAAGUCUUUUAUAGCUUCUACUGGAACUGUAUAGCAAGCAGAUGGAUGUGACCAAGGCAAAGGCACAGCUGAGCAUCAUUAACUCCCGAAUGUCUGCUUGAUUGUUCCCCCUUUUAUGACAGCUGGGCAUGUCCAGCCUCUUUCUGUGAUGCAGUUUUGGAUAAGCCCAGUGGUCAGGCCUGGCUGAGAUCUUUCUGCAAAGGUGCUCCACACCAGUGGGGAUGUAAGAAAGGAGGGGACAAGAUCCUGGGUGCAGGAGCAACGCAAUGCGACAUUCAGUGCAUCUCAGAUCUCACAGGGCAGUUUUCCCUUCCUUGGAUGUCCCUCUUUGGUAAGAGUCUCCGCAGUAAGAGAAGUGCUAUUAGGAGAGCCCUUGCUUGUGGAUGUCUUGUGUCCCAUGCUGUUGAAAGUCUGACAGAGGCUUUAGAUAAAGAGGAUCAGUUAUGGGCUGCAAACACAUAGCUAUUUUACUGUAACAUUAGCUCUCUCGUUUGCCUUACCCUUGAUGUCCCAUGGUACACACUGUGGUGUGCAGGACAGCUUCUUUGUUCCCGCUCACACACAGCCUUGGCUUUGUUGUGCCAGUCCCUGUUGAAUCAGCGCCUGGUACUUGUUCUCAGGACUGCUCUGGCUUGGGCCAAGGGCAUCUGAUGCUCCUAUGCAAAAGGUGGUGCUUUCAGGUUUUGGCUUACAAAUAAUGCAGCCCUUUCAAACCCAUCUUUCCCCCUCAUGGAUUCCUGACAGAAGUAGGAUUUUAAAUAUUUCAUAGCAUUCUUCUUUCUUUUUCCUUUUUGCCAGAUGCCUUGAAAACAUUGUCAGAUUACGAUCUGGGUGGGGGUUUUCAGGAUCGAUUUCCUUUCCUUCUUGAUUGCAUGGUGUAGGUUUGCAAUGAGGGUUUUAUCCUUUUUUUUUUUUUUUUUUUUUUUUUAAGUCUUACAGAACAGAUGCCUUCAGUUUAUGCAGAGAAAGACUGUCUAUGAUUAGAGCUAAUCCAGGAUGGCAGGAUUGGACCCGCACAGUGAAAGCUAGAAAAGUGAUUGCAAAAGUAUUCUGUUUCUCCUUUAUUAAUUACACAGGAAGUUUCCACUGAAGGCUCAUGUAGCCCAACUAGCCUAUGUAAUAAGGAGCAGGGCCUGUAAUUACAGUCUGUCUUCUGAUCCUAUCUGUGCUCUGACUUUCUAGGCACCACAGUUCUAUUUACAUCUGUGUCUUUGUCACCUUUUAAAUUUUUGAUCGGUCACUAAGGAAGUAGAGCACAAGCCGUGAGCCCUGCGGAGGUACAGCGAGUCUAAAUGAGGGAGUCCUUCUCCUUCUCAGGUAUCCACCUGAUUUGGGACAAGGAACAUGGGAGGGUUUACCAGCCGUACGGUGGAGGGAGCGGGCUGCAUGCCAGCUGGGUAUCUUUCAAGAUCUUGGAGUCUUUGUAGGACUGGAAAUGUGAACCUUUUACAGGUCUUAACUAAUGUACUAUCCUGUGAGGGAGUUUAUAUAUCAGUAUUUCUUCGUUCAGAGCAGUUUCUACAGGAUUUGAUUUUUCUUUUCUGUAAGAUUCAGCAGUUUAUGGUUGCAAAGAGAUCCUUCCUUCCACAUAUAGCAUGAGGAGGGAGAUGGCUUUUGCCAUUGUGCAGAGAAGCUGGGAUAGAAAUCCUAGUAUCAGUGUGUAAAGCAAGGGUAACUUGAGUGGAGAGGGGAAGGCAGUGAUUUACAUGUGGUUCAGUACCAGGUUCACCAACUCUGCACACCAGCAAGCACAGCCUUAAGCAGAUUAUUUCACCGGGGUGUCAAUCUUGAGACCUGGUAAUAAGUAAAUGGGCUCCUUGUCAAAGUGUUUGGUGCCGGUCACUCUGACAGUAAUCUCUUGUCUCUUUGGAAACAUACACUAAAGUUAGGGUAAAAGUACAGAAUGGUGCCCCCCAGUCUUUUUCUUGAAGGAAUACUCCCAGUGCUAUGUUUGAUCAAGAGAAAUGAAAGCCGUUGUGCAAAUACUACAAUGAAAUACUAACAAUCCAUUAUGUAUACUUUUAAUAUCCAUUAAACUGUUAUGCAAAUUGUCCCUUCUCUGCAUCUUGCACUGUUAUUUAAUUAUUUUUGGUCUGACUUCUUAAAAAAAAAACAACCCUCAAUUAUUUUUUAUUUUUUUCUAACUCUACUUCUAAGAAAGUUGAUUCUUUAAAGGAAGAAAACCCUUAGUUUCAAGCAUGUUUUUUUCAGGCUUCGAAAUUAAUAAUUUCUACACCUGACCCAGUUCCUGCAGCUGCCAAAAAAGAAAAGAGAAAGCUAUUUAAAUUUCUCAUAGAACCAUUUAUCUCUUAAAAUAUGCCAAGGCAAUUUGAGGUGGGGGUGGAGACUCAGCUAUUUAUCUCAGCAGCUUGAUUUUUCUCUUUAUGUUUCUAACUGUCAGGGGGAAAAAAACGGUAGGAAGCUAUUCUUGGGCUAUUAUUGAUGUAUUGUGUACCAUUAUGCAGGAUGUCUGCUUUGCUAUAUACGGAAGGACAUUAAUAAUAGCCAUCUCCCCUGCCCCCACCCUCAGUUCCUCUUUGGGAAGAUACGGCCUAAACUGGAGCAUCUGCCAUGUUCAAAUUGCUGCUCCCUCCUCCCCUUCCCCCAAUUCAUUCCCAAACUAGUUUUGAGAACAGGGCUAAGGGAAUAAGGAGACAGGUUAUAUUUGCCUAUAUAUAUAGUGUGGUUGCUCCAGGCAAGUAAUUUCCAUGCCGUGUACAUGUCUACCCUCUUCCUUCCUGCGUAUUGCCCCUCCUUUCAUUUUAAGUUAAUCAGUGCAAAAAAACACAAACCAACCCGUUUCUCGCUAUCUUUUUCUCACAGGGGCUGGCUGGCAGAAUGGGCUCAGCAACAGACCUCUGGUUUGUUAUUACCCAGCAUUUCAUAUCCAGAAACAUGGGUUUCAUUAUUUACCAUAAGUAGGAAAAUGUAUUCGUAUUCCCAUCCCUCCUACCCCAGGUUUAAAACAAUGUUAUGAAACUUUAAAGGGUCUGCCCGCUUGUUUAAAGACUUGGAUGCUUGUUUUAUUUUUGGAAGCAGAGUGUACAGUGAACAGGAAUAGUUUGAUGUUUAAAAAAUAGCCCCACUUCAGCAUUCCCCUGAAGUGCGGGAAGUACUGUCUCCACAGGUCUGUGCCAGGAGCGUGACAGCCCAGAGAGCAAAGCCGACUUGAACAGGAAAAAGAACUGGCCUGCCCCACUUCAUCUGUGAGAAGAGAGAGGUGAAAAUAAUAAAGGGCAAAAAAUAAAGGGCAUAAUUGCUCUGUGGUUUUUUUUUGGUUUUUUUUUUUUAAUGGCUGUUCCUACAUCUCGUGCUAAUUUUGUUCCAUAGAACCUUUGCUUAUUUAGCAUUUCUGGUAGUCAGAACCAUGUGCUUUUUAUGAUGUCAUUAUUUUUACUCGUCAUUUGUUGCGUCCUAGUCUUGUUUUGGUCCCUAUGUGGUAUGAAGCCAUUUAGAUCUGAGCACUGAAUUAAAACAAUGUUAGGAGCUCUGUCUAGGAAAGAUCACCUAGAGUUUAGAACCAGCAAAUGCAAUCAGAAUAUCUUCCAGUUCUGGUAUAGAGAGGUUUUCCAAAUACAAAUUCUAGAUGGGAGGAAUGCCUUUUUUUAGGAAAGUACUCUGAUUUCAAAACAAGAGGGAGAUGGCCAUUCAAUAUAUUUUCUUGUUGCUUUUAUUGGCUUCCUUGGCGGUGGCCAAGGAGAAAAAAUGCCACCCUCUGAAGUGUUGCUUUAACUAGAGCCAGAGCCCAGCACCUUCUCUGCAAACGUUUGCUCCACCUGCAGCUUGCCACACUAUUGUGGCAUGGGAGCAAGGAAGGCCUGCUAAUGAAGCAAGGUCCACCUCAUCCUCUCCGUAGUGAGAGCUGCUCCGUGUGGUGAGUUUCUGUCCAGACUAGGUCUUGAUCCUGUCUUCCUAGUGCAAGUAUUUUGCCAGAAACAGGUGUUAUCUUUCUGCCAUUAGCUAUGGGAUUGUGUGCAAUGAUUAGGAUUUGCAGGGAGGGAGGAGAAGAUCCAAUUAGGCUACCUUUGUGCUAAUGUUUCAUUCAGGGCUGUAUGAGAUAAGAGCAGUUUGCACUGAAAUGCACAGCUGGAGGUUGUGGUUUUCGUUUCAACUAUGUUGAGAUGGUACCCAUUGAAAAUACAGAACUGGGGCACUUUUUUUACAUCUGCCAGUGCUUUACUGACAGUUCUGUAUCGGCUGGAAACCCAUCUUGGUUUGGCAAGUAGACAUUUUCUGCCUUGUCACAUGAGCCUGAUUUAUUCUUUGCUUUAUUCACCUAAAAAGUAGUAUUUCUAAUGUGCCUAAUGCUUAAGUAGCUAAGCACUGGACAAGCAUCUCAGCAGAACAACCAGCAAGGUGAAGAGUAGGCUAUUAACAGAGCUACCUUUACAAAAGCUGUAUUCCCCUUUCUUCACUAUCUGCCUUUUCAGAGACCUGCAGUGCUCCUUUACGGGCAGCAAAGAAAUAAUCUUGGUGCCAAACAGUGGUGGGAACUAUGAGAAUGAUGUAGAAGAGAGGCAAGAGGUUAAUUUUAAGCAUCUGUUUUCCACCGGGAUAAGCAAAGCCAUGGCUUAUCCCAUCAGCACUGCUUGUCGUCUUGCAUAACCCACCUCAUUGUCUGGUAGGCAACUGUUCAGUAGCAGAGGUACUUGGGUAUAUCUCCUCAAAUUACUAUCUUAUCAGAACUACAAAGUCAUUCAUAUCUGAAGAUUUUAUUCACUUAAUAUUGUCUCUUGUAAGUUCUAUUACUAAUUUUUUAUAUAAUGUUAGAAGAGAAAACUUGAGGGUGAACCAAAGGCUGGGUGUUUCAUCGGUGCUACUGUAUUAAAAAGGCUGAUGUGCUCUCACUUUCAAUCCCCAAAAUCAUGUUUUAGGAAGCUUUCCCCUGCUGUGGUCAGAGAGGAAAUGCAAGGUUUAUUGGAAAUGCAGCAAAGGUAAAGGUUUGAUGUUUUAAUGCUCAGUACUGCACCACUGUGACCUCUGCUGUUCCUCUGGAGAGUGAAGACUGAGUAUUGGUAGAGGUAUAGGCAGAGCAAAGUUAUGCUUGGACUUUCUCAUGAUCUUGCUAGACAGGAUCUGCCUUGGCGAGACUUCACCUUCCUUCAGGGUCCUAGUUUCCUAUGCCAUGGCUUGUGUUUUGGACUGUCAGAGAGACUGGAGGGCUUCCUCCAGCGCCUUCCCUCCAGUUAGUCAAAUGAUAGACUAGGAGUUCUUAUUCUGCAGUUUCGGUAAGGACACUUUCCAGCUCAGAACAAAGAGCGGAAGUUUGUUGUACUUUAGAGCUUAACCUCUAACACUAGUUUUACCUGUGGGCUGAAAUAAUGGGGUCUGAAUCACACAUGGGUCAUUCCGUAAGGAUUCCUGUUGGAUAAAUGCUCAUGGCAAACCCCGUAAGGGCUGGGAGAUCGGCUUAGCUCUUUGAAACUGCAAAGAGGAAGUGCCCCCAAGAAUGUAUUUGUCCUAUGUAGCUGCUAUGCUUUGGCCUAUCCCUGCCAACUGUAGAUCUGUCUGCUCUGGGUUCACCGGUGAUGAUGUUUAUUGGAUGUGCAGUAAUUCAUAGUGGAUGACUAGGACAGGUUUGAGGUGGUAUUUCAGUUUUAUGGUAGCUGUUGGUUUAGCCCUUGAGAUAAGAGAAGGUUUCCAUUGUUGCAGUUGGGAGGGAGUAUGACUGUCCACACUUCUCCUUGCCCUGCACCAGCAGACAGAGGCUUUCAGUGACAUGGGAAGCCUCUUCCUUUUAAAUGUGAAUCAGUAGCCUAGGUAUCUGGGCAAGAAAGGGGCACAAGGAGGCAUUUUCUAUAUGAGGCAUGCCUUCUGCUGCACACUCCAUGCCCUCAGAUCCUAAUGAAGUAACAUUACUUGAGCUUUUAGGACUGGUCUCCUAUCUGUCAGAGGUUGGGGGUACCAGAGUUUUACCCCUUGCUGAGCACAAGCACUACCCAAGUCUGUGAGGGGCCCAAUCCUGCUGCCAAUGGAGUUUUCCCAAAUCCUCGAGUUGCUGAGUGCACCUCCGGUGAGCUGCUGAGUAGCCUGCCUUGUCACUGAACCCAUCAAGUCGCUUGUCUCCAUACUGACUACUUCCAUCGGGCUUUGAAGGCACUCAGGAAAUGCAAUCAGCACCUUACAGGAUCGGUCCGCUGGGUAAUAUAUGAAGUUUUUUUCUCUGGUAACUUGUGUGCAUGAAUUGAAAACCAUUUAUUCCAGUUUGUUCUGAGGACAGAUGCAGCAUAUACACAUUUUCUAUAUUUAUAAAUAUAUAUAGAUAUAUAUAUUUUGUUCUCAGCUAGUUACCUCUUCUAAACUACAAAUUUCAGAGCAACCAGCAUAUAUUUUUUAUUCAACUCAUAAAAUGACUUUUUACAGUUAGAGAAUGAAAGCUGUUUUAAGCAUGUGUUUUCUGUAUUUUUAUUACGCAUUAUCCAAUUAUAUUGAGAUGUAUUUUCCUCUUUGCUCUACUCUUUCAGCUGUUAUCCUUUUUCAGUUAUGCUUUUCUAAUGUUUUGUAAGGGAAAAUAAAUAUGCAAAAUCGCCAGAUGCCUUUUUUCUUUGCAGAAGAAGUAUCACAAAUGCUUUUUUAUUACAUUUUACCAAUCCAAUAAACUCCAUAUAAAUUUCA